AGCUGCUAGAAAGCGUCGUGGCGAUAGAAGCAGAAGUGCUCGCAGAAGACCAUCCUGACCGACUAGCGUCUCAGCACGCACUCGCUGGAGCAUACUAUGCCAACGGAGAAACCAAGAGAGCUAUAGAGCUUAUGGAAUAUGUAGUCUUAGUUAAAGCACACGUCUUCAGAGCGGAUCAUCCUUCGAGGUUAGUAUCAGGGAAUGUACUCCGCGAUAUGCGUGCCAAAAGGACGGAGAGCUUAUACUAAGAAUCUUUGCUUGUGUAAUUACUUUUACUUGUUUACUAUUUAGCAUGCUUUAUAUUAGCUACCUUAUAUAGUUUGCUAGAACAACAUUAGAGCAUGUAAAGGCUGCUUAAACUAGCAGAAGCCAGGGCAGGCUAACUAUGUCUUUUCGCAAUUCGAGAGCAACGAGUGUGUGCGAGGCUGGCUGGUUUUGCAGAUGGUUACAUUUUCGGCUGAUCGCGACUAUAAAUUUUGAAGGACGGUAUUCUCCAGUUAACCAUUUCUUUUUACAUUUAUCUGUAAUCUAAAACCAAUCUAGAAGAUCUCACGAAGCAGGAACUUCAGGAGGCCACCCGCAUAAGCAGAUUUCUUCGGCAAGAAUUUCUUAGUCUCGAGCGUAUAGUUCCUCAAUUCGUUCAAAGACGUAAAUAGCUCUACAUCCUGCCCUGGGGUAUCCACGAGGUCAACAAGAUUCACAUGUACUUCUUUAAUCCUCUAGUCAU